AUGAAGACUGUUGCUGCGUUUACUUCUGGGAUUAUUGUAUUCCUGUUUUCUUUGGUGCAAAGGACCAGUGGACAAUGUAAAGAAGCAGCUAUAAAGUCAGAGAUGAACGUGAGCAUCAAUUAUCGUCUUCCUCAUUUUAUCACAGAAACGCCAAUACAGAAUAUAGUUUUAUAUAAGCAUCAUAUCUAUAUCGGAGCAGUCAACAAGAUCUAUGUCUUAAAUGAAAAUCUCCAGAACAUUUCUGUGUACAAGACUGGACCCGUGCUGGAGAAUCCUGAUUGUGCACCAUGUGAAGAUUGCAAAGAGAGAGCCAAUUUAUCCAAUAGUGUUUGGAAAGAUAAUGUCAACAUGGCUCUGCUCCUAGAAACGUACUAUGAUGAUCAGCUCAUCAGCUGUGGUAGUGUAAAUCGAGGUGUGUGUCAACGUCACAUCAUUCACCCCGACAACCCUGCAGACAUAGAAAGUGAAGUGCACUGCAUGUACUCAAAGCAGAGGGAUGGCGAGUCAGACAACUGCCCUGACUGUGUUGUAAGCACUUUAGGAACCAAAGUUUUGGUGACCGUAAAGGACAGAUUUGUAAACUUUUUUGUUGGGAAUACCGUGAAGUCUUCAUUUCAACCACAGCAUGCACUACAUUCAGUGUCGGUUAGAAGGUUAAAAGAAACCCAGGAUGGUUUUGAGUUUCUCACAGAUCAUUCUUAUAUGGACAUUCUCCCACAGUUCAGGGACUCUUAUCCCAUUAAGUACGUCCAUGCCUUUGAAAAUGACCACUUUGUCUACUUCCUAACAGUCCAGCGUGAAUCUCUUGACUCCCAGGCUUUUCACACAAGAAUCAUCCGUUUCUGCUCUUUUGAUUCCGAGUUGCGCUCUUACAUGGAGAUGCCUCUUGAGUGCAUUUUCACUGAAAAGCGGAGAAAGAGGUCAAUUCGAAAUGAGAUAUUUAAUAUUCUGCAGGCUGCGUAUGUCAGUAAGCCAGGUGCAGUUCUGGCCCAUGAAAUGGGGCUUAGUGUGAAUGAUGACAUUCUGUAUGGUGUCUUUGCACAAAGCAAGCCAGACUCUUCAGAACCAACAAACAGAUCGGCUGUCUGUGCAGUCUCUGUCCGAACAAUCAAUGAAUUCUUCAACAAGAUUGUAGACAAGCAAAACAUGAAAUGUCUUCAGCACUUUUAUGGGAAAGAUAGCAAAUACUGUUUGAAAAGGACAUUUUCAAGAAAUGCCUCGUACUGUGGAGCACAAGAUGAUGAAUAUCGUCUAGAGGUUACGACUCCUUUGCAACGGGUUGACUUGUUUAUGGGGCAAUUCAACAGUGUCCUGCUAACUUCAAUAUCCGUCUUCACCAAAGGGAAUCUUACUGUUGCUAAUCUGGGAACGUCUGAGGGCCGCUUCAUGCAGAUAGUGAUUUCCCGUUCAGAAGCUACUCCACCACAUGUGAAUUUUCCCCUGGACUCCCACCCAGUCUCCCCACAAGUUAUUAUUGACCAUUCAUUAGUAGCAGAUGGCUAUACUCUGGUUGUCACCGGAAUGAAGAUAACCAAGAUUCCCUUGAAUGGACCAGGCUGUGAUCACUUUAAGUCCUGCAGUCAGUGUCUUUCAGCACCUCCUUUCAUGCAGUGUGGCUGGUGUAGUGAUCGGUGUGUGAGGUCCUGGGAGUGUGUUAAAAGGAUGUGGACCCAGGAGACAUGUUUGCCGAGAGUUUAUGAGAUUGUCCCAAGGAGCGCUCCAUUAGAAGGCGGAACAAGACUUACAGUGUGUGGCUGGGACUUUGGAUUCAGCAAAAAUAAUAGAUUUGACUUAAAAAAUACAGCAGUGCUUAUAGGAGGAAAGCCUUGUACUCUGGAAGUAAAAGUCAGCAACAAAAACAAGCUAGAAUGCACUGUUGCUGCUGCAAAGAACCCCAGUUUUAAUAUAACCAGCAGUGUUUCGAGUGGACAUGGCACAUCUUCCUUCAACACAUUUUCCUAUGUGAAUCCUGUAAUAACAAGUAUCUCUCCCACCUAUGGUCCCAAGUUUGGUGGAACAUUAUUAACAUUAUCAGGGAAAUACUUAAAGAGUGGAAAAUCCAGAGAGAUUUAUGUUGGUGGGAAACCAUGCACCUUAAAAAGUGAAUCUGAUAGUACUGUAGUGUGUUACACACCUGCACAAAGAAUUCCAUCGGAAUAUCCUGUUAAAAUGGAGAUUGAUUUAGCUAUUCGAGAAGCUAAGGGUCAUUUUACGUACAAGGAAGACCCUAUUGUUUUUAAAAUUCAUCCAGCUAAAUCUUUUCUUAGUGGUGGAAGCACAAUCACAGUUUAUGGAAUCAACUUGAAUUCAGUGUAUCUUCCUCAGAUGGUAAUCACUGUACCUAAGCUAGGAAAGAACUUCACUGUGACAUGUAACCAUCGUUCUAACACAGAGAUAAUCUGUUGCACAACUCCCUCACUGAAAUCCUUCAAUCUGCAACUACCCUUUGCAACAAAAGUGUUUUUCAUUUUUGAUGGAGUCAGCAAACAAUACUUCGAUUUUGAUUAUGUGAAUAAUCCUGUAUUUAAACCUUUUGAAAAGCCAGUGGUGAUCUCAAGGGGCAAUCAAAAUAUACUGGAAAUUAAGGGAAAUUACAUUGAUUCAGAAGCUGUUAAAGGUGAAGUGCUAAAAGUUGGAAAUAGAAGUUGUGAGAACAUCCGCCUACAGUCUGAAUCAGUUUUCUGUAUGGUUCCCAGAGAUCUGCUGAAAUCCCACAGUGAGCUAAAUAUAGAGUGGAAGCAAGAACUUUCAUCAACGCUUAUUGGGAAAGUGCUGAUUCUGCAAGAUCAGAAUUUCACAGGACUGAUUGCUGGAGUUGUCUCAACAUCAGUGUUAUUUUUAUUGUUGUUGGGGGUUUUUCUAUGGAUGAAGAAGAAAAAACAAAUUAAAGAUCUGGGUAGUGAUUUAGUUCGUUAUGAUGGAAGAGUGCACACUCCUCAUUUGGAUAGGCUUGUGAGCGCAAGGAGCAUAAGUCCAACUACAGAAAUGGUUUCUAGUGACUCUGUAGACUACAGAUCAACGUUUCUAGAAGAUCAGUUUCCAAAUUUGUCUCAGAAUGGCUCAUGCAGACCAGCACAGUAUCCUCACACAGACCUAGCAUCCAUUCUGUCCAGUGGGGAUUCAGAUUUAGCCAGUCCACUGCUGCAAACUAAUGUCCACAUUGACAUCAGUGCCUUAAAUCCAGACCUGGUCAAAGAAGUUCAGCAUGUAGUCAUUGGUGCUGACAGCCUGAUUGUGCAUUUUAGCGAGAUAAUAGGAAGAGGGCAUUUUGGGUGUGUGUACCAUGGAACGUUGUUGGAUAAUGAUGGCAGGAAAAUUCAUUGUGCUGUGAAGUCCUUGAACAGAAUUACAGACCUGGAAGAAGUAGCUCAGUUUCUCAAAGAAGGGAUCAUCAUGAAAGAUUUCACUCAUCCCAACGUCCUGUCACUACUGGGAAUUUGCUUGCCCAGUGAGGGGUCUCCUUUGGUGGUUCUUCCGUAUAUGAAACAUGGAGAUCUUCGAAAUUUCAUUAGGAACGAGACUCAUAACCCAACAGUUAAAGAUUUGAUUGGAUUUGGCCUUCAAGUAGCAAAAGGUAUGAAAUACCUUGCAAGCAAAAAGUUUGUCCAUAGAGAUUUGGCUGCAAGAAAUUGUAUGCUGGAUGAAAAAUUCACUGUCAAGGUUGCUGAUUUUGGUCUUGCUAGAGAUGUCUAUGAUAAAGAAUACUACAGUGUGCACAAUAAAACAGGAGCUAAACUGCCAGUGAAAUGGAUGGCUUUAGAAAGUUUGCAAACUCAGAAGUUCACUACAAAAUCAGAUGUGUGGUCCUUUGGUGUGUUGUUGUGGGAACUUAUGACGAGAGGAGCACCGCCCUACCCUGACGUGAAUUCUUUUGAUAUAACUGUUUACUUAUUACAAGGAAGAAGGCUAUUGCAACCGGAAUACUGCCCUGAUCCACUGUAUGAAGUCAUGCUAAAGUGUUGGCAUCCAAAACCUGAAAUGCGCCCAGCAUUUUCUGAACUGGUUUCAGAUAUAUCAACAAUCUUCUCCACUUUUAUUGGAGAGCAUUAUGUUCAUGUCAAUGCUACAUAUGUCAAUGUGAAAUGCAUUGCUCCCUAUCCUUCUCUUUUGUCAUCACAAGAUAACAUAGACAGAGAUGUGGAUACAUGA